CUACAAAUCCAACUCCAGCAACUUCCCCAGAACAGACUAACAAAUCAUAACUGCAUGUAUUUUACCAUCAGAAACGCUUUUGCACUAUCCAUUGGUGCAAGUGUUGAAGAUUAAAGUUUUGUCGGUCUUUUUAUUCUAAUAUAUCCAAAGCGACAGUUACUUUUGAUUGGUUACAUUACAGGAUUUCGAGAGAGCUAUUUUAUUCAAGGAAAGGACUGGACAAAGAACUUUCUACUCCGGCCCACAAUCGAGAGUAAGUUGCUAUUUAUUAUUAUUAUUAUUAUUAUUAUUAUUAUUAUUAUUAUUAUUAUUAUUAUUAUUAUUAUUAUUAGACUAUUAUAAUAGCCUACCAUUAUAUGUAUAGGAGUCGUAAUUGUUGUACAACAAAAGGAUGUAUAGGCUACCUAUUAGCCUAUACGCUAUACAGGCAGCAUCACACAGCAAAAAUAUAUAACAAUAAAAUACAAUUAACAAUAUAACAAUACAAUUAAUUCAAUAGUGUAUUAGGCCCUAUUAGGUCACUGUGUUUGUACAGUAAUGGUCAAUGAACACCUUGCUUAACCUGGAGAAAGAGAGAAACCUCCUGACACAUGUUAAUCGACUGAUAAAACAAAACUCAUUAGACCACUGAACACUCUGGUGUGUAUUGUGUAUGGACCUUCAAUUUAAUAUAAUAAUAAUAAUAAUAAUAAUAAUAAUAAUAUGCCAUUUAGCAGACUCUUUUAUCCAAAGCGACUUACAGUCUUAUAAUGUAAGCCUGAAGCCUACUGUAGGACAUUGGAAAACAGUUUUAUGACACAAUUUCUGUCCUAAAUGUGACAAUGAAUUCUGUAGUUUUUAAACUCAGCGCUAGUUUGUAGCUACAUUUAAUUAAAUCCAACUAAGGUCAAUCAUUUCAGCCGUAAUUUGUCUUCAGCAUAAAAUUGUCUUGAAGAAAUUUGAAAAGCUAAUGUUUUUUCGAAACUUUCGAUUACUUUCUUCAAUCUGCAUGCAUUCCAGUGAAUGUUCUCAGUUGGUGUGAAAAUAUAUGCAGACAAAGGGCGAUAAUUGAGGAGGCGUGUAGUGAAGCCUCUCUCCGCAUGUACAACACCUCCCUCCCCUCUCGGUCCUCCACGGAACGGCCAGUCGUGACAGGGCACGCGGGAGGUUCCUGGCAAUUCUCUCAAAUACAGCCUAACAGCUCAGAAAUUGUGCACUUUUUAUUAGCAUAUGAGCUGUUUUUUUUUUUGUUUAUGUAAAAUUGCCCACAUUUGCUUCAAAAAAUAGUUUUCUUUGAUACAGGGACAGGUGUGUUUGUCCAUAAAAAAAGUCAUACAAAUAAAAUUGUCCAAUUCCCAUUCUAAAAUUGAAUAUUUUCUAACACUUUACUAUCGAUUGAGUAGCCUAAAAACCACACUAUCUGGAAAUGUAAUAGUCAAGUUAUAGGCCUAAUGUUUAAAAAUAUAUAUAUAGCCUAUAGGCUAUUAUUUAGCAUAGUCCUGUAAAUUGAUUUGUUUCCAUUAGGCUAUCAAUAUGUGUAACUACAACGAAAAACGUCUUAUGAACUGUUUUAUUAUGAUUCCGCAUGGCAUAUGGAUAUUAAAUAAAAGAGACGAACCUGUGUCUUUUUGUUAACAUUUAUUUUCUUCAGCCUGCAAAAUUAUUAUUAUGACUGAAUGCAGUGCAGAGUUGAGGAUAGCGUCCUGUAAUUAGGCUGCGCGUGCCACCCGGAUUAUCUCAUUAAUUCAUCAACAUAAACAUUUAUCAUAAUCAAUUAUUGGACAGGGUAAUAAUUAUUGAGCGGGUGUGCAACUGGUAGACGAGGUCUGUUUUAAGCGUGACAGAUUGAGUGGAGGGAAAAAAAACCGUUGGAUGGAUAUUAAAAAAUGCAACUCCGGUCGAAUAAUCAAGAGACACUGGGGAGGGGGUCACCAUAAAUGUAAUUUAAACCAACUCUCCAGGAAGAAAUAUUCCAAUAUUAUAGAAUUGUUCAAUAUUUAUGAAGAUACUCCUGGAAAUAUGUUAACCUCAUUUUAAAUCAGACAUAUGUAAAGUCAUUGAGAAAGUGUGUUUUUUUCGUCCGGUAUAGCUCUGUUGGUAGAGCAUGGCGCUUGCAACGCCAGGGUUGUGGAUUCGAUUUCCGCGGGGGACCAGUACGAAAAAAAGUAUGAAAAUGUAUGCACUCACUACUGUAAGUCGCUCUGGAUAAGAGCGUCUGCUAAAUGACUCAAAUGUAAAUAUCCAUGCUCUAUAGGCUACCUGACAGAAGGGAGUGCAUAGCCUACAAAUACAUUCAAGUUAGUCCUAUGCUAUGUCAUUAGUCAGUUCAACAACUGAAUAUUUCCGCGGGUAAUAUUAUUUUUUGAUUGAUUCAUAACCAAUGUCAAUAAAGCAUUAAUUAAUGAAGCAUGAAUUUACCAAUACAUUACGUUAUUUAGGCCUAUUAAAGGAACUAGGCCUAUAUACUCCAGGCCCUUCAUGAAUCAUCUACAUUGUCUAAAUAGUUUACUUUAUAACAGUUUGAUUGGCAGGGCUGAUGUUUCCUCCAGCCCAAGGCUAAGGGUUUUUUAAUGGGUUUUAACACCUUAAAUUAGUCAAGAGGCGUUUUGACAGUGGGAGAUAGGGGGAGGGAGUUAGCCUAUAACUGCUAAUGAUGGUUGGUUGCCUGUUUGGUUAACUCAAGUCCCCUAAGCGUAGGCCUCGUUAUUAAAACAUUUCGAUUGCCUUCUGAACGUUAUUCAACCUUGGAAAUCUAAUUACAGCAAGCAAUUAAUUAGGAUGGAAAUUGAGAAGAACCUAUUGGGCACAGUCGAGUUCCCUACUAGUUUUAAGUUGUUAGCUGAAGUAGCCUUCUUUUUUCACAUUUUAAUGGCAUCCUAUUCACAUUUACAGCGAUUACUGGUGCGGACUAAAAACCAAGAGGCAGGGUGAAAAGCUUGGGCUAGUGAAAUGGCUACUGUACAAAAUGGGCCCGAGAAGUUGACUGCAUUGUUAGCUACUUUUCGCCAAAGGGUUUUUUGUUAUCUGUCUUAUUUAUCGGGCCUACAGUGUCUUUGUCUCGGCAAAUGGCCCCCAAUCAAUUCCCUUAUAUUUGAGACAAUUAGCUGGGCUCUAUGUAAAUGGUGAUCAUUGCUGCGUCCUAAUGUGUGUGCAUUUGAGCGACUGUGUUUUGUUCUUUGAGAGUACUUGUUGCAAUUAUGGGAUGUAGCUUUUUUGGCCUGUGGGGGGGGGGGGGGGGGGGGGGGGGGGGCGUUUGUCAAGAUGAGCCACGCUUUCUUGAAGAGGACAGCUGGGGCUCUGGGACUGUUUUAAGAGCACACUGCGGUUGGAUAGGGUGUAUUGCCAAAUAAUCACAGCGCUGAGUCCAUCAAAUGCUAUUUAAACUGGAUGCAACUUGCUUUGCUCAAUUUCUUCUCUUUUUAUGAUUUUUGGAAUAGGCAUUCAGCGGCAAAAUCGAGACAGCGAGAAAAAGAACCAAUAAACAACCAAGGACAUCUACGGGCCUUAUCCAAUUUUCAACAUUUUCUCCAACUUUACCCCCCAGUCCAACAUUAGCAUGAUGUCGUAUCUCAAGCAACCACCUUACACAGUCAAUGGUCUGAGCUUAACGACCUCCGGAAUGGACCUUCUGCAUCCAUCCGUGGGCUACCCAGGUAAGUUCCAGUACUUUUUAUGCGUGUGCAUGGAUGCUUUAAUAAUUUAUGUCAACUAUUCAUUUAAUUAGAUUUUCCAAUUAGGGUCAAAUCACGUAAAGCCAUCAUGGAUUUAAUGCGUCUGGUUACCGAUUUAUAUACAAAACAUGCAUUUUAACCCCAAGGGAUUAUUGUUAUUAAUGCAUAAUCAUAACGCUGCAAUGAGGGAAGACAUCAACUAAAUGUUGUAUUCUGUAGUACUGACUUGAAAAUUCAUAUUUCACUAAAUGUUUGUAAAGUUUCAUUGGUCCUGAAUUCGUCUUAGCCCUGCAUAGCAAAUACAUGUGAAACAAUGUUGUUAAAAGUUACACUUAAAAGGGAAUACAUUCCCAGUUGUGUCUCAAUAUCCCUACUUUAUAUUCUGAUCAUCUUAUGUGGGUAGAAUUAACAUUUUGAGUUAUGUGCAUCUGUUUCUUUUCAACAGCGACGCCCCGCAAGCAGAGACGAGAAAGGACGACUUUCACACGCGCCCAACUUGACGUUUUAGAGGCACUGUUCGGCAAAACUCGCUAUCCUGAUAUAUUCAUGCGCGAGGAGGUAGCACUGAAAAUCAAUCUGCCAGAGUCUCGUGUACAGGUGAGUGUUGACACAGGCACAAAUACUCUAUCUACCUAUCCCUGAAGAAUAAAUAUCUGCUGUUUGUGGCAACUCAAUAAUUGGCAUGGCAUUCAUAAAGAGAAGCUUUGAAAAACGAAAUAGACUACUACUCAAACUACUUUUACUUUUAUUUCACGUGUUGACCAGUGCUUUUCAACAUCAGUAUAAUAACACAUCUCCAAAGUCUAUGAUCAACACAACACACAUUUUCAAAAUGAUCUGGUUCAUGUUUGGUUCAUGUGUAAAAGCCUAUUUACGUUACAUUUUGGAAACGGUAUAAUAGAUCUGAGGGCUUUCUUUAAACUGUUUGGGUGAUUCAUUGUGUUUUCUAUUUUCUGUUUAUUUUAGGUUUGGUUUAAGAACCGAAGGGCAAAGUGCCGCCAGCAGCAACAGCAGCAGCAAAACGGCGGGCAGAACAAGGUGCGACCAGCCAAAAAGAAGAGUUCUCCAGCCAGAGAAGCGAGCUCUGAGAGCGGGGCGAGUGGCCAGUUCACACCGCCCUCAAGUACUACUUCAGUCCCGACCAUCUCAACCAGCACCGCACCGGUAUCUAUUUGGAGUCCAGCCUCCAUCUCUCCACUGGCUGACCCUCUUUCUACAUCCUCCUCCUGCAUGCAAAGAUCCUACCCAAUGACCUACACACAGGCCUCGGGAUACAGCCAAGGCUAUGCCGGAUCAACGUCAUACUUCGGCGGAAUGGACUGCGGUUCUUACCUUACUCCCAUGCACCACCAGUUGUCUGGCCCGGGAACAACACUCAGUCCUAUGAGCACCAACGCCGUCACAAGCCAUCUGAACCAGUCCCCUGCAUCCCUCUCCGCUCAGGGCUACGGAGCCUCGGGGCUAGGCUUCAACUCCACGGCGGACUGCUUGGAUUAUAAGGACCAAGCGGCAUCCUGGAAGCUGAACUUCAAUGCCGAUUGCUUGGAUUAUAAAGAUCAGACUUCAUCGUGGAAAUUCCAAGUGCUGUGAAAAGAACAAUAUGCCUAUGUAAACUAUUCAAACGAAGAUAAUGAUGAUAAAUCAAACAUAUAGCCCUGCCAUCCUUCAAUAAGAUAUAUGCGUAAAAGACUGAUUAUUCGUGUCGUCGGUAAGGAACUUCGAGAGAGAAAGUGAGAGAGGGGGGGGGGGGGGGGGGGGGGGGGGGGGGGGGGGGGGGGGGGACUCUCGGUAGCGGCUCGUGUUGUUGGCAUGAUGUUUGGCCCCGUCCAGUAGAGGAGAAGUUAUAAUUUAUUUUAGCACUGGCAAAUAUAUUUUAUUUUCAUUAACCUCACAGGUUGAAGCCAUCUCAUCUGUCUGUCAGUGUGUGCCUCUAUGCUUACAGUACAGCACUUUUUGGUUAAUUUAAGGAAAAACUUGGAGUGGACUCUUAGUAACUUAUCACAGCCACGAACAAACCCUUAUCCAAGAACAACAUUGCUAGAGGAGCCAAUCUUUUGGUUAAGUGUUUGGGAUGGACAGGCUUCAUUUAAGCCUCUGUCAACUUGCCGACCUAUUGGCAGAGGAACACUUUGACCAGGAUGGUGUGUGGACUGCGCUCCCCCGAGGCGACAUGGAUUGACUACUUUAUUUAAGAAAAAGUGUUUAUAAGGAAUCAAAAUGUAGUUUCUAAGAGACAAUCAGUGUGUGUCUUAUAUAAAUGGUACCUAUGUGUUUGUUUUUUAAAUCUGUGCUAGCCUUCGAAACUGUGAUCUGUUGUAUUGUAUGCCAUUUGUGAGCUCCCUCGCAUCAGCGAUGACUCUCUGCUGUGAUUUUAAUAGAUUUUUUAACUUUUGAACAACAAAAAAAGAAUGGAUAAUGGUUAAAUAAUGAUUAUUGCAAGAGACAACCUGACUGUCCAAACCCAUGGUACAACAUCUGAAGUGAUACUGGAAAAUAAAAUCGAUUACUGAGAGCUCUCUGGACUUAGCCUAGCGCGUCCCUAUCCAUUCAUGUUGAUUGUGGAUCCCUAACAUGGCUCCAAAAAUGGUGUGACCCCACCGCUGAACAGACAUGAAUAAAGGUCCUGAAAUCUGACCCCCUCAUUUAUCAAUGAACUAAAUA